AUGGCUUCCAAGGACAGUAAACUCAAGUGGCUGCUUCCAUCAGGCGUGAUUAUAUUCAUCAUGUUCAUGCCAGUUUUGUGCGGCACGAUUGAGGUGAACUGCUCCAAACCAGACCAGCCGAGCCUGCUGGCAGCUCUGACUCCUGCCUUCAGCCUGAGCGCCAUACGGCCCGUCCUAAACCAAAUGACCAUAACCAACAUCAGCGUAUACUUCACUUUGUAUGGUAUAUUAGGAGUGGUAUGAUCAGCUUCUCUUCUUUUUGAAAAUCUUUUUAUAAAACAAGAUUUAAGAAACAAAAUAUCUCGUAACCCUGAGUGUUUUCAGGCUGCUCUUCUUGUCUUACAGGAUGAAAAGGCUCAACUUCUGAACACUUACAUUUGGCUACAUUAUUGGUGGAUGAAUGAGUUUAUCAGCUGGGACCCGGACCAGUGUGGUAUCAGCAAGAUUUCUCUUCCUAAAGAGAAAUUUUGGCUUCCGGAUAUUGUGAUCAACGAGUUCAUGGAGGAAAACAAAGCCCCAUCUGUCCCAUACGUGUACCUGUACAGUGACGGCAAGGUGCACGACGCUCUGCCUGUCAAAGUGGUGAGCUCCUGCAACCUCAAUAUCUACACCUUCCCCUUCGACAUCCAAAACUGCUCUUUGUCUUUCAACUCCUACAUCUACUACGCUAUGGAAAUCAAGAUUUUCCUUGGGAUAUCUGCAGAAGAAAUCACAAAGGCCUCCAAGAAUGUGAUGACCACCAUGGGAGAAUGGGAGUUAUUGGAUAUCACUGCCCAGAAGUUGAUAAAUGAUGAUACAACAGGUCUUUACACGGAUGUGCUGGCAUUUAAUAUCAGACUGCGCCGCCGUGCCACCAUGUACGUGAUGAACCUCCUCCUCCCCAGCUGCUUCCUCAUCACCGUGGACCUUUUCAGCUUCCUGCUGCCGCCGCAGAGCAUAGACCGAUCCUCGUUCAAGAUGACCCUCAUCUUGGGCUACACCGUCUUCCUGCUCAUCAUGAACGACCUGCUGCCCGUCACCGGAAACACCAUCCCUCUCAUAAAUGUGUUCUUUUCUCUCUGCCUGGCUCUGAUGGUGGCCAGCCUUCUGGAAACGAUCCUCAUCACCAACCUGUUGUGCAAUUCAGCUGACUUCUCUCCCGUCCCCGGAUGGAUUAACGUGCUCGUUCUGAAAGUUCUCGGCUGUCUCGUUUGUAUGCCACAAAAGCCUAAAAAAACAGAAGACCCAGUAAUAUCAAGGAGCGGCACUGUGGUGUCAAAAAAUGUGCCCCCGGAAAUAAAGGGGGCAGCUGAGGAUGAUAAGGCCCUGCAGGAGCUGAGGAGCCUGAGUAAAGUCCUGCGGGCCAUCCGCUGCGAGGUGGAUCAGAAGCAGCAGAAAGGGAAGCAGAGCUCCGAGGACUGGGUCCAGGUGGGUUUCAUCAUUGACCGCCUGCUGUUCGGCCUCUACAUCGUCUUCGUAUCAGUCAGCUUCAUUACCAUCAUCAUUAUCUGGGUGAACUCAUACAACCAGUAA